AUUCGUCGCUUUUUUUAUCCUGUUCCUAUUCGAAACCGCAUUAUAUCAGAUUCUGGUCCCGAUUAUCAGAUUGUCUUAACCUCACGUUUUUUUUCUAUUUUUGUUGAUUGCUUUCGUUACUAAGUGCGCAUGCAAUGUGUCUGUAGGAACUGUUUUCUUCCGAUUAAUUCUUAUUCCUUCAAUCUACCUACCAUCUAGUAGGUUUCGGUAAUUGCAGUUUCCCAAAUAUUCCUUGGGAUUAUAUCUGAGGUCUGAGAGGAUCUUGUAUAUGUUUCUAAGAUGUAGUUUAAUGGGGGCAUGCAUACUAUACUCUUUUUCAAAGAUAUGUCAAUACCGCUUAUACUACCAUAUCUUGAGGCGAAAGUCGCAACUAGCUGGUAUCGAGCAAAAGAGCUAGCAUACAUUUGUUGACGCUUACCUUUGCAUGGUUAUUUUUCGCGACAGGUCCACUUAGCUGUUACUUUAAUCUACGGCUUACAAGUUGUCCAAUGAAGUUAUGAGGUUGUGUGUAUUUUGAUUAACAGUAAUUAUAUCCCUCUUCACUUGUUUCAGUACUCCCAAGAUAAGCCGUCUUUUCUAAUCAUGAGUACUUUAUUGGGAUAGGCAUCCAGACAACUCAGAAUGAUAAGGAUGAGACAUUAUAUUGCAAUCCAUUCAUACCAUAGGUCUAUGAAAUGCAGUUAUCUGACGCUAGAAUGAUCUUGCUCAUCUCUUUUGGGGACACCCUUGCUCUAAGGAACCAGUGGGUAGGUAUUCUACGAAAAGACUAUUAAUUCAUGGUCACAUAGUAAAUUGCGGUCAGUCGUUUUUGUGGUUAAAUGAUAGGUACUUAAUUGACACAAUCAAACUUUUUCAAUAUAGUUGUAGUAUAUUCAACAUAAAUUAUCUGAAAUCUACUUACCUAGUCCUCCAUUUGUUCCUUUAUGUGUAGUUGACGAUGGCUAACUUAGAUGUUAGUGAGCUUGGUAUAUCGAAGAAUUUACUCCAAAUGAAUUUUAUGCGACGAACUCUCGUAGCCAAGGAGAAGGCUACUAAUCAAAGUGCCCCAGACAUCCUUCCUAAUUCACAAGAGUAUGGAUUUAAACUCCCUUCUUCUGUAGAAAAGCAUAUCAACAAAAGAGCUACCAUCCUUAAGUCGAAAUAUCGUUAUCAGUUUGUUAAAAGUAUUUUUAAGCUCUACAAUGUAUCACCUGGGUUUCGAGAAAGUUUCGGUGGCUUUAAUUCUCCUACUAACGCCGACGCCAUUCCUCAAUCUCUGGUUAAUAACUUACCCGAUUCUCGUUUGCCCAAUCGAGACAACUCUGUUUGUGAAUAUUCGCAAUCAUUUGAAGGCCGGGCAUCAAAAACAAGUAUCCGUUUCAAAAGAUUUGAAGAACACAAACCAUCGAAGUUCAAAAACCCAAAACAUCGAAGAGAAAAAAGAAAAAGCUGUAAUUGAAAAUUAUUUGCCUUAUAUUGGGCAAAGAACAAAUCUUGAAUUCUUCGAAUAACUAUUUAAAAAAUAAUCGCCUUUUGAAUGGUGAUAUGAAGACAUUCAUUAAAGGGACUCAUAUACCAACGGAGAUUGAUAAGCUUAUCCUUGAAUACCCACGAAGGCUAUAUGCAAACGGUUAUAACUUACUAUGUUUUUCUAUCUUAUAAAAUUCCCGUAUGUUUUGGUCCAUUCUUAAUUAUAUUUUUCCCGAAUCUAGUAAAUCUGUAUUGUUACCAUAAAAGAAUCUGAUUUGCACAUACUGCAAAUGAUUGUUAGACUGAUGUCGCACCAACUGUUGCUAAAUUAUUUUUAAUCCUUUUUUUAAUUCUUAGUAAUCUGUGUAAUUAGUGUUAAUAGAUGUUAAAAUCUGUGGGAGAUGAAUUUAAUGUGCUGUAAACACUACUUCUGAUAUGAUUAGAGUCCAUCUUUGAUAAAACAUCUAAUUUUCAUUUUAAAUGAUUUGAAGACUUUAUGGUUCUGAUGUGAUGAAGUUUUAUUGAAAUGCUAAAAUGUAUCUAAGUGCCUAUGAGGUUGUACUAGUUUAUCUUUGAUUUAUGUCGGGUUUCUAUAUCUCUUCCUUGUGAAGUUGUCCGAUCUGAUGGUUAUAUUGUCAUAUGAACGUAGUUGAUUAAUUCCUGUUUGUCCUAUUGUAUCUUUUUAGUUUGAACUUGAACUUCAGUUUAAAUGGCACACAAUCUAGUUUAUUUGUUUGCUAUCGUCUUAGUGCCGUAUAAUGUAAUAAUCCCCAAAAACCUAUAGAAGUUGUCUUAUAAAUUGAGUUUUAACAGAUGCUGCUGUUGCAAUCGGAUAUUCAUGUUUUUACCUGUUGAGGUAAUUUGAGAGAAUUCUCCCUCCCCCCAAUGCUCUAGCACGGUCAAGGGCGGCGAGAGUUGACUCUCCCUCUCAAAAUGCUCUCAUUUGGCCACGUAUACAGCCACUGUCCUACUCACUGCCUUCUCUCGACAGGACUAAGAGCGAAUGUUCGGCGCUUUAGCCGGGUUAGUAGAUACGGAAGAUCCACCUAGAGGGUUGGAAAACCUUGAUUCCCAAACAAUGGUGAACAUGUGCUCAAGGAUCGUGAGGAAACAAAAGGCAUAUAAACCUAUUGUUGGUCAACGGCUACCGCGGGACUGCAUCUCCUAACGUUGUUCCACUGCCUUGUGGAUUGGACUUCUAGGUCAAAGGCUUAUGGUGUGGCCCCCUAGGAAGAACACUUGCUUCUGUUGGGGCAUCCGGGCAGCAUCCCAGCCCCCACACAAAUCAAAUGAUUCGUGUAGCGCAUAUAUAUUUGGUGCCUCCUUGUAACAAUGUUUAAACAAAUACAUUUA